GAGAAACCUCUUUGCUUUUCAGUUCAGCAUGUAAUCCAGCUAUAAAUUGUCAUAAGGGUUGGGAGAGGCUGCUAUGAAAUGGCAUGAAGUCGGAAUUGAAAAGGGAAUUGGAAGGAGAAUAAGGAGAAUUAGAAGCCCUGGGGUUUUUAUUCUUGGUUGGACUAUAAAGCUGCUAUGUGACCUUGAGCAGAUUAGAUUAGCCUGACUUUCCCAAGCAUUUGCACUCCUGAACUGGAUCUAUCCAUUGGUCUGCUGCAAUUUCCUGUAAGGUGGGAAUGGUGCCUUAAUAAGGUGCAGGCAGUUCAUUAACACAGAGUGCUGCAGAAUUCUCCAAUGAAAAGCAUUACAGGCACUGUAAUACAGGAAGUACUAUUAGGAACUAAUAAUGUUAUAAAUUAGUAAUAAUAUAUGUAGGUUUACCCAACGAUUUUGUACUUUACCCCAAAGCAAGAUAAAUCAUAAGACACUUGGAAGUUUUUCAGAGUACAGUGCCGCAGUUAAGGGUGUUUAGUACAGGUCUGUAAUAUUAAAAUGAUUUUUCAGCCAGCAUAACAGCUUCUCAAGUCUAGUCUAUGUUUUAAAAAAUAAAAGAAACAGCAGCCCAAGGUACUAUUUACUUAAUUAGUCCUUUCUGCAGCACGAAUUUCUUUCUGAACUACAUUUCUGCUUAAUAAGUAUCAUAUCUGUUGAUGUUCCUUAUGUUACUGAACAGCACCAACACUCCCAAAUAACAGGGAAAAAUGGUAGUAAGGCACUGUAAUUCUGAUCAUGUCAUGGGGUUAGUUUUACAAGAAUACUUUCAGAUUCUUCAUUGGUGCAGUGCACCAAUGUAAAAUAUAUUGUUUUCAUUAUAAAAGGCAGUUAAUAUCUUCUAAAAAUGUAAUUGCAUAAAGGCAUAAAAGCAACACAAAAAUUAUUAUAAUAACAUUCCAAUUAUAUGUGAUAAAUCUGCUUUAAAACCUUUACAUUUGUGUAGCAAUUAUAACCUAACCACAGGAUCUAAAAUCUUGGAGCUCCACUGAAAUCAAUCAAAUAUCUUAGGCCAAAGCUGAAAUGUUGUUGUGAUAGAAUUGCUCCCAAAGGCAAUUUUGAUCUAUUUAGGAACCAAUUUUACAGCACAUUUUGAAUUUGGUUUUUUCUGUAGUAUUUCCUGGGUAAGGAUUUUUCCUAGCAAUGAGUCUAAGAAAUUUUUAAAACAACUAAUUAAUUUGAAAACUGGUUAAAAUGGUUAAUAAUUAAGUUUAAUUAUUCUUUCAAACAGUACUUCAGGUCACAGAAUAUGCAGAAUUCCUUCUGCUACUUGCUGCCUGAAUGUGUCCUAUAGAGAACUUCUGAUUUCAGAUGGUAAAUUAAGCAGACUCUCACUCAUAUCAGAAGUGAACCUGAGAAUAUUCUGGAAGACCAAUCUUUCCUCAGUGAUAAAUGCUUCAGAAGCUUGCUGUGUGUUUACCACGGGUUCUGCCAACCAGAGGGGACUCACCUGUUCUUUCAUUAAUUGAGCAAAACAUUAUCUUGAAAUAAUUAUUCCUCUCCACAUGGCCUUCCUACUUGUGUCAGCUUAUCUUCUGCUGACUCAUGCUCGGGGUGCUCCUGUUGAGAAUGGGGCACUGCUGGAAACACUGAAGUCACAAGUGGGAUUAUUCAGCAAUAAAAGUGAGCACUAUUCAGCACAGGUAAGACCUCCUGGCACGAGCAGACAAAUACCUCAGACAAUCAUCAUAGGAGUUCGUAAAGGAGGGACCAGAGCUUUGCUGGAAAUGUUGGAUAUUCAUCCUAACAUUGUGGUGGCAGCUACAGAAGUCCACUUCUUUGACUGGGAUGAAAAUUAUGUAAAAGGAAUAGACUGGUAUAGAAAUCUGAUGCCAUUUUCUUAUGGAAAUCAAAUUACAAUUGAGAAAACACCAGGCUAUUUUACAUCACCACAGGCUCCAGGAAGAAUUCAUGACAUGAAUAGCUCCAUUAAACUGCUGCUCAUUCUAAGAGAUCCCACUGAGAGAGUUAUAUCUGACUAUACCCAAGUGUAUUACAACAGAGUAGAAAGUCACAAGCCUGUUCAACUCUUUGAAGAUAUUGUUAUUAAGAAUGGAGUACUUAAUACCAAAUACAAAGCUAUUCAGAGAAGUCUAUAUGAUGUCCAUAUGGAAAAGUGGCUUAAGCAUUUCAGUUUGGAUCAGAUUCACAUAGUGGAUGGAAAUACUUUGAUCAAGGACCCUCUUCCUGAAUUACAAAAAGUUGAAAGAUUUCUAAAUCUUCCAUCCCGAAUUAUGUCUUCUAAUUUUUAUUUUAACCAAACCAAGGGAUUCUACUGCAUCAGAAGUGAUGGGAGGGAGAGGUGUUUACAUGAAUCCAAAGGACGUCCCCAUCCUCUUGUUAACAGCACUGUUUUAGACCAACUCUAUUCUUACUUCAGAGAGCACAAUGCAAAGUUUUACAGGAUGGUUAAUCAUUCCUUUGACUGGCAUUAACAUUAGAGGUCAAUGUUUCUUUAAAAGGCCCUGAGACACACUUUCAGACAUAUCUUUCUAAACUGUAAAGACUUGUAUUAUGAGAAUUAAUACACUGGUUAUAUGCUUCAUUGGAAAAACACAUCUGUUACUCAUGGAAAGGGUACUCUUUAUGGUGGGAAAAAUAAGUUUUAUGUAUUUGUAUGAUUACUGGGAGUCAUAUUCUGAUCUUCUUUGUCUCACAUGCAAAUACAUUAACUUCAGCAAACUUAGCAAAGGUGUAUCUCUACAGGAUUUCUGCUGUUUUGGAAAAAUGCAUCUACCUGUAAAAAAUGUAAAUAUUGGAAAUAGUAUUAUUCUGACUGUUCUGUAUUUUUUGUUGUUAGUAUUUUUUAUAUCCCACAUGAUAGUGGUGUUGAUUUAUAGAAUUUUUCAUAAAAUAAGUUUAAAUUGUAUGUUAAAAUAGGAGCAUACAUAGUAGCUCCAAUAAAUAAAUCAUCAUCUUUAAUAUGCUGAAGUACUUAAUUAAUAAUAGAAGGAAUCUAUUUCACCUGUAAUUUUGAAUAGGUGAGCUAGAAGCUACUGUCUGUAUAACAUGGGUAUUAAACCACACUCUUACUAUCUUGUGUUUUCAAAAAAUCUCCAAAGUAAAAAUAUAAACUGUUUGAAGGAGGUUAAAGUGAGGGUUCUGAAUGUAAAGAAAUUAAAAUAUCCCAGGAACACUAAUAUUCUAUACACUAAAAUAAAAAUCAAUGCCAAAAAAUAUUAAUGAUUAGCGAGUGACUGUGCAAAUAUUUGAUUGCAUAAAUUUUAUCACUUUGUUUUUGAAUGGAAAGGCUCUUAGUACUACCAUAUGAAUUAUGUUUGUACUCUCUAAUUAUUCUAUUGUUCUCUUGACUUUGGUUUCUAUUACCUCUAUUGGCACAACAGUUCUUGUUAAGAACAAAACUUAUUUACUUGCCCCUGAAGCAUGGUGUAGUUUUAUUUUGCCAUUUUUGGUGCAGACCAUGGUAUAGUCUAAACUUUAAAAAAACCUCUUAUUGUGUUACGUAUCUCAGACACAGUGUUCAGCACGACAUACUCAGGUUAUUUGUAAGAACCACAACCAUUUCUAGCCCUGCAUCAGGAUUUUAUUUUCAGUACUUUUUAACAGUAUUGUGCUGAUUUUUCUGCUUUUUCAUGUAAACAAUUUAUUACAUAUCAAUACCAAAGAAGAAAAUCAACUCUGAGCAUCAAACCCAAUGAAGAUCCUGCAUCUCUGUCUUUCUACCUAAGUCACUGCUCAGCCUAAAGGAGAGUGUAUUUCUACCGUGGGAUUGUUCCCCUUUCCAGGCUAAGAGGCAUCAAGUCUUUCUCUUUCUUCUCUGAAGUUUACAGCUAAUCUUUAAAUGAGCUGAAUGCAGGAGCACCAGUUAGCAGAAGCUGUAUGCAUCUUUGAAAAUGCAAGUCCCUUUCUGGAAUUUACAUUUCAAGGAGACCUGAGCUGUAUGGAUUAGUGAUGCAUAUAUCUGUUUGAUUUGUUAUCACUCCUCAUUCCUCUUCAGCGUUUUGGGGAAGAACAGAGUUGAUGGAAUGAAUUUAAUAUUAUUUUAGAGUUUACUGAUAUCAUGAGAAGGAUAUAAAGUAUUAAUAAAUAUAUGAAUAAAAUCUG